UCGGCUGUUGCAUCGCCUGCUGCAUCGCCUGUUGCAUCGCCUGCUGGAUAUUGCACCAGUGUGACUAGCGAUCGCAUUGAUACUACCGGCGCGGAGGAGCAGACUCGCAUCUUGCGCCAUCUUCAUCGAGUGAGCAGCGCUUGCCAGCCCCUUUCUCGUAUCCGCCAUGACCAAGCGAAAGCGCGGAAGCAGCAGCACCUUCGUCGGCGGAAGCUCGCUCGAAGCCUCGCUCGAGCGGCGGCUCGUCCCCAUGGUCCUGCAGUAUCAGGAGCAGGUCCAGUCCGAUGGUGAUGCUUCUGGAUCCAAGCCAUCGGCGCGGAACCCAAAGUUCGACACCGAAGCCAUCCUGCAGUUUGUGGUGCAGAAAGACCGCUCGCUCCAACGCAAAGGCGAGAGGAUCCUGAGAAAGGCGAUCGAAGGAGCAUGCGACCACAUCAAAAAGAACAGUGUAGAGUCAGCGUCUGGGAACCAAGACGAAGCGGACGAACACUCCAACGAAUCGGAGGGCAACGAGGUCGACUCGGAUUUGGAGGUCGAUCCCAGUGUGCGCCUUGUCGAGGUCAAGGACACCAACUUCCUGAAUCGUUCUCUGGCAAAUUUGUAUCAGAAAAAGGACUCGUCGUCCUCACCCGCGCCAGCGGGCAGCCAAGCCGAAGCCCCGGAUGUCGGAGAGGCUUCGACCCCGACCGCCAACACCGCGCCGGCAGAUUCAGCAGAGACACCCAAACCCGAGGCUGUGGCAUUGGACGACAAAAAGACCAAACGGAGCAAGGCAGAGAAGGAGGAGCGCAAGCCAAAAAAGGUCAAGGAAACCGCUAGCUCCAAAUGGCCCACACCCACCAAGAGACUCAGCGAUCUGGGCGGCAUCGACCACUGCAUCGAGGAAGUGCUCCAACUGAUCGGAAUGCCGCUGAAACACCCUGAGAUCUACCUCCAUCUCGGUAUCCAGCCGCCACGGGGCAUCUUGCUGCAUGGCCCACCCGGGUGCGGCAAAACCCUGCUCGCGAAUGCGAUUGCGGGAGAAGCCGCCGUUCCGUUCGUGAGCAUCUCCGCGCCAUCGGUGGUGUCGGGCAUGUCGGGCGAGUCCGAGAAGAAGAUUCGCGAAGUAUUCGAGGAGGCCAAGGAACUGGCUCCGUGCCUUCUCUUUAUCGAUGAGAUUGAUGCAAUCACUCCGAAGCGCGAGACUGCCCAGCGCGAAAUGGAGCGACGCAUCGUUGCCCAGCUUCUCACCUGCAUGGACGAUCUGUCCCUGGAAAAGACCAACAACAAACCUGUGCUCAUCAUCGGCGCCACCAACCGACCGGACGCCCUGGAUCCCGCCCUGCGGCGAGCUGGCCGCUUCGACCGAGAGAUCAGCAUGGGCGUCCCUGACGAGGACGGGCGAACAAAGAUUCUCGAGAAGCUCUGCAGCAAGCUGAGACUCGCCGGCGACCUCGACUGCAGGAAGCUCGCCAAGCUGACGCCUGGAUUUGUUGGAGCCGAUCUCAAUGCCCUGACAGCCGAGGCCGGUGCUGUCGCCGUCAAGCGCAUAUUCCACGAGAUUCGAAAUGUCUCGGCCGACACUCCCGGAGAUGCCGAUCUGGAGAUGCAAGACGCAGAGGGCGACUCUGCCAAGCUCACGGCGGGCAUUCACUCGGUCGUGACGGGCCAUAGCUCCAUCUCGGACUUUCUCGAUGCGCGGCCGACGCCCCUGACUGAAGACGAGCUCGAGCCCUUGUGCAUCACGCUGGACGACUUUUUGGCUGCCGUCAAGCAGGUGCAGCCCUCGGCCAAGCGAGAGGGCUUUGCGACGGUUCCAGAUGUCUCCUGGGACGACAUUGGCGCCCUCGAACUGGUGAGGCAGGAGCUGCGGAUGGCCGUUGUCGAGCCCGUCAAGCACCCGGAUCUGUUCCUUCGCGUGGGCAUCACAUCCCCGAUGGGCGUGCUGCUCUACGGCCCGCCAGGGUGCGGCAAGACACUUCUCGCCAAGGCCGUCGCCAACGAAAGCCAGUGCAACUUUAUCUCUGUCAAGGGGCCCGAGCUUUUGAAUAAGUAUGUCGGCGAAAGCGAGCGAUCCGUUCGACAAGUUUUUGCCCGAGCAGCAGCCUCUGCGCCGUGUGUCAUCUUCUUUGACGAGCUCGAUGCGCUGUGUCCCGCACGAUCAAACGACGCCGACUCGCAGUCGUCCUCACGACUGGUCAACACUCUGCUGACAGAGAUGGAUGGCAUGCAAGGGCGCAAACAGGUUUUUGUCCUGGCCGCCACCAAUCGGCCGGACAUGAUCGACCCUGCGAUGCUGCGUCCAGGCCGCCUCGACAAGGCCCUCUAUGUCGACCUGCCGAACCCGCAGGAGCGGCUGGAUAUCCUCAAGACGAUCACCCGCAAGACCCCGCUCAAGGACGUCGAUCUGGCCCUGAUUGCUACGGACCCGCGGUGCGAUGGACUGAGCGGCGCCGAUCUGUCGUCGUUGGUGCGGGAGGCUGCCAUUGCGGCGCUCCGGGCCUCUCUCUUUCGAGACGGCACACUUAGCGUCGAGUCGGAUUCAAAUGCCGAGCUCUGGGUCACCCGACGUGAGUUUGAUGUGGCCUUUGCCAAGGUCUCGCCGUCGGUCUCGAAGAAGGACCAGAAGCGGUAUCAACUCCUCAAGGUCAAGUUUGGAAAUGCCGCACAUGCACAGGGCGACUCGGAUGCGGGCAACGAAACGACCCAGUGAUUGUGUCGAGUUCGGGGAAGCAACAUCCUAAUACAUCGCCGCACAAGGCUCUGAAUACGAGAA